UGACGUAGUGACCGUAGUGGGAGAGGCAGCGGUUCCUCUGACCAGACCACAUCGUCGACAGUCGUCACGACACAGAAAGCAGCUCGAAGACCCUAAAAUACUCGAUAUUACAAACUCACAUGGAUGCAUAUGAACGUGUAUAUCGGCUAACUUUGGUAAAUUAGACUCGCCUGGCCAUUGCCUAAAGGCUACACACAACCAUAGCCUAUGAAUUCGGGAACUAUCGCUGCGUGGAAGUCUAACAUUUUAUGGAGGCUUGGAGACGUAGGGGAGCGAGGAGCAGAAGGGGGUAAACUGAAGAUCGACACACCAAACUGGGAACAUUGGACACAUUCUGCUGGCUACGAGUGACCCACACGCACGGGACGGGGUGGAAACAUGGCGGCGAAUGUCAAUUUAACAUCUGGGAUGGGAGAAAUUAUUCAACUGAACGUCGGUGGGACAAGGUUCAGCACCUCUAGACAGACUCUCAUGUGGAUCCCAGACUCUUUCUUCUCAAGUUUGCUGAGUGGGAGAAUAUCAACUCUACGUGAUGAAACUGGAGCCAUAUUUAUUGACAGGGAUCCGACAGCCUUUGCGUCCAUUUUGAAUUUUCUUCGAACCAAAGAGUUAGACUUGCGGGGGGUAAACAUUAACAUUCUCCGCCAUGAGGCUGAGUUUUAUGGGAUUACACCGUUAGUGAGGAGGUUGCUGCUGUGUGAGGAGAUAGAACGUUCGUCCUGUGGCAGUGUUCUGUUCCAUGGAUACCUUCCCCCUCCAGGUACUGUGUUCCCACAACUCCUCCUACCUGGAAGUCUGUCCUCUGGCACAGCUCUCCCAGCCCGUAAGUUCAGCUCCACCCCUGCAGCCUCGGGCCCUGCCCCUGAGGAUCGGCCUGGUCCUAUCGGAGCAGAGGGGGGGUUCCCCCAUUCCUGUCCCCCUCACCCCUCACUCCCCGGACCCCCUGGAGCCGAGGGACCACACAGACUGGGUGCUGUGGUGGACCCUAGGAAGGUGCUGAUUGUAGCUGGACAUCAUAACUGGAUCGUAGUGGCUUAUGCACACUUUGUCAUCUGCUACAGGAUAAAAGAGUCGUCGGGGUGGCAACAGGUGUUUUCUAGCCCCUAUCUGGACUGGUCCAUCGAGAGAGUCGCCCUUAACGCCAAGGUGGUGGGUGGUCCCCAUGGUGAUAAGGACAAGAUGGUGGCAGCUGCCUCCAAUAGCAACAUCAUCCUCUGGAGCAUCCAAGAUGGAGGGAGUGGCAACGAGAUCGGUAGGUGUGUGUGUGUUUUGGGAAAGCGUGAGGCGUUUGAUUGUUUCUCUCUCCUCUCGCUCUCUCUAGGUGUGUUUAGUCUGGGUGUACCCGUAGAUCAUCUGUUCUUCAUUGGGAACCAGCUGGUGGCCACAAGUCACACUGGGAAGGUGGGAGUCUGGAACGCUGUCACACAGCACUGGCAGGUACAGGAUGUAGUUCCCAUCACCAGCUGUGACACGGCUGGCUCCUUUCUGCUGCUGGGCUGCAACAACGGAUCCAUCUACUACAUAGACAUGCAGAAGUUUCCUCUGAGGAUGAAGGAUAAUGAUCUGUUGGUGACAGAGCUGUACCACGACCCGUCUAAUGACGCCAUCACUGCCCUCAGUGUCUACCUCACACCCAAGACCAGUGUGAGUGGUAACUGGAUAGAGAUAGCGUAUGGAACCAGUUCUGGAGCAGUCCGGGUCAUAGUUCAACACCCUGAGACAGUAGGCUCUGGACCUCAGCUCUUCCAAACUUUUACUGUCCACCGCUCCCCUGUCACUAAGAUCAUGCUCUCGGAGAAACACCUGGUCUCAGUGUGUGCGGACAACAACCACGUGCGGACGUGGACAGUGACGCGGUUCCGAGGCAUGAUUUCCACGCAGCCUGGCUCCACCCCCCUGGCCUCCUUUAAGAUCCUCUCAUUGGAGGAGACUGAGAGCCACGGCAGCUACUCAUCAGGCAACGACAUCGGUCCGUUUGGGGAGAGAGAUGACCAGCAGGUGUUCAUUCAGAAGGUCAUCCCUGUCACCAACAAGCUGUUUGUUCGCCUCUCCUCCACUGGGAAAAGGAUCUGUGAGGUGGCGGCAGUGGAUGGGACCACCAUCUCGUGUUUCACAGUGAGGGAGUGCGAGGGUUCUAGCAGGAUGGGUUCUAGACCAAGGAGGUACCUCUUUACUGGGCAUGGCAACGGCAGCAUUCAGAUGUGGGACCUCACCACCGCUAUGGACACCGCCAACAAGGGAGAGGAGAAGAAGACUGACGAGGUGGGCGGACCAACAGAGGAGGAGCUGCUGCAGCUAUUGGACCAGUGUGACCUCAGCACCUCCCGCUGUGCCACGCCCAACAUCAGCCCCGCCCCUUCGGUGCUGCAGCACAGCCGCCUCCGAGAGUCCUGCUCCAGCCUCCAGCUGCAGGCCCAGGAGCCCAUCCCAGAGACGGCCACCUAUGGAGCCCUGCGACCCUACAGAGAGAGCCCCCUGCUGGCCCACGCCCGCCGCACAGAGUCCUUCCACAGCUACAGAGACUUCCAGAACUUCUCCCUGGGGACAGGUCUGCUGGAGAGCCCCGGACAGGCUCCAGGACAGGGGGCAGGCCUAGGUACAGAGGCCCGAACCCGGUCACUAUGCGAGGCUGGGGGAGAGGAGGGCGAGCGGAGGGGCUCGGCCAUGGAGCUCUGGGCUAGCCGAAGCGCUAACGCCGCUAAUGCUGAUGUCAUUGCUAAUGCUUCCGUGGUCACAGGUGGCGCCACUGCCGAAGAGGGCGUUUUCAUAUCGCCACGGCAACCCCCCGACAGUCCUGGAGGAGACGCUUGGCGAAGGGUCCAAUUGGAAGAGGAGGGGGCGGGGUUAGGAUCAGUGGCGGAGGCUAGGUCUGAGGUGAGAAGGAAGGGAGGGUUUGAGGGGGUAGUAUUUCUGGGCAGAAAGAGAGCACCUCCAGUCCCCCAGCUUACCUCGCUCCCCUCGGUGGGGUCUGAGGGGGGAGGCAGUGACUCCUCCUCCACUGCCUCCCCCUCCCCCACACAGCUGGCUUCCAUUUCCCCCCGGCACAGGAAGUGCAGUGAGCCGGCCAAUCAGGACAGCAGCCUGUGAGUUACGGACAGCUCUGACGCCGACACGCCCCUGGUGUCAGUCAGUCAACAGCUCUAGGGAGAAGUUACUCCCCUAUCCACUGAUCUAGGACCAGCCUACCCUCCCCAAAUUCUAACCUUAACCAUUAGGAGUAAAACACACUAAACUGACCUUAGAUCAAUGUUUGGGAGCAACUUCAUCUCACAGGCAAUAUUCUAGACUACCACAGUAUGCAUCUCAAAAGAAAGCCCGUCAUUCUCAAUCAAGAGAAGAAACUUGACGCCUGCUGGAAGUCGCUAACUAGCCUAAGGGUGAUCUUCUAGUUCCGAGUAUGACUUUAACCCUUCGGAUCUCUCCAUCAUGGCAGUAAAUCUGGUAGCUGCACAAGUGGUUCUCCAUCAAUGUUUGUUCCAAUAGUCCUCUCAUGAUAUCAGUAGGACUUUGUGUUAGAGGCAUAUACUGUAGUUUAUCGACUAUUAACACAAAGUGCUAGAUGUGUUUAUUUCCCCCUCGUCGUCACUUUCACACACACUUAUAGUUUUGGGUGCACAGGUUGUGAACCUCCACACAACACACAGUCGUGCUGUUCAACCAGCCAGUAGGCGUGCGUGUCGUGUUUUAGACCUGCCUGAAUUCUACGCUACACAGUAAAUCUUCUUAUUUCUCUCUUCUUUUUUUUUUGUCGAAAACAGACCGACAUCUCAUGCUGAAGGUCCAAGUGACUUUGCGUGGCAUUCUAUGUUAUUUUAAAUGUAAGGAAUCAUGCUUAGUGCCUUUUUUUUAACACUAGCCAUAGUUUAAACAUCCACCUGUCCUUUCAGUGAUGCAGAGAGGAAGUAGACCAAAGGUUGAAUGGAGGAUAUCUGUCUAUAGUCUAUGCAGUGUGUUGUUCUCACUGCCCAGUGACGUCACAGGUUGGACAGCUGCUAUUAUCGUCAUUCCUGUCACCCAACAGUAGCUUUCAGAUGGAGGGCGAGGAGAGAGAGUUGUCAGUGGGGCCCAUCCUCCCUCCGCCCCAUCACUAGACGAGACCUGGGUCAAAUACGUACAACUUGAGGUGCACUUAAUUUAGCUUGUCCAGUGGAAUAGUCCCACCAAACUAAAUCAAGUGCACCCAUUGUCUCUGAAAGUACAGUAUUUGACCCAGGUCUGUCUUAUACCCAGCUGGUAAGUAAAAGAUGGAAUGAGACCAAGCUGAGGGUUCAACAUGUACAAAGAUGUAAAUCUCAAUAAUAUGCAAUCUGAUUAUAUAUGGAGAAUAUAUCUACAUAAUCAAAUCAAUAUAAUAUGUAACCAUGCUGAUGCAUUUAAAUGUGUGUAGAAUGUGUGUCUACAUAUUUGCUGUUGUUUGUGACAUCUGUCUUCUCAUAUAAGCUAUUCAUAUUAAUAGUAUUGUAUCGUACCUAAAUUGCAUUUGCACUCGCACUACGACGACUAAGUGAUGAAGUAACACUUUAUAUUGGUUGAGAUAACAUUCAGCCCGUUGAGGAAUAAUGCCUAUCCCUCUAUAUCUCUGCGUGUCUAAGGCCUGGAUUCAUCCUGAUCCGUGUCAGAUCCGCCUGAUUGAGCCGACACGGUAAGCAGCAUUUACCGUGAAUGCGAACGCGGCAACAUUGCCUUUAAAAAGGUGCAUAGCUGGCCCGAAAAUGGCCGAUCGGAUUAAAUCUAGGCCCAAGCUAUAUCUCUUCUCUGGCUGUGUUUUACACUUUCACCUCAGACGGAUACUAAAAAGGAAUAGAUCUAUUGAUGCCGCUCGUUAUAACAUUUUGGAUAACAUGUAUGUCCCAACGCAUUAUUAUGUCGCUAUGUAUUAGUGCUCGCUCGUCUACUUGGUAUGAUACUAGCCUAUUACGCACGUGUUGGCACUGAAUUGCCAUUGUCGUUGAGCUGGCUAGACGUAUAGGAUGUAGGAUGACGUCUUGGGGCUCUAUUCAAUCUGUAUCGCUGAAGUGCUGCAGAUUGCGCGAUAGAAAUGUAAAAGGUCCUUUUCCGAUUGAGCCGACAUGUGCAGCGUUUACCGUGAGCGCAGUCUCCGCUAACGCGGGAACAUUGCCUUUUAAAUUUCAAUCGCGCUGUAUAACUGAACUCCCGCAUAGGAUUGAAUAGAGCCCUAUAGACUGACACAGGACCUGUUUUUCUAACUCUAGUUCAGCUUGGGUUUAUCUGACAAGCAGUAGUCACACAAACCUGGUAGCCGUGCAUUGUAACAUUGGGUGUAAUAGGGUUGCGGGGCAUGCAGGCUUUUGCUCCAUCCAAGCACUACUCAAAAGUCUUCGGCUGUAGUCUCUUAUCAUGGGAUCAACGUGUCUUAUGUCUCUCUCUCUCUCUGGGGGUGACAGUGCAAGGAGGGAGCACCAGGUUAGUGUGGAUACUCUUGUCAAAGUGUGUGUGUCUGUCCGAAGCAGCGCUGGGCUCUCAGCAGUGUAACCUUCCUUUUAGAAAAGUUAGCAACUUUGUGAGCUGAAAAUGGUGUUUGAUAGCUGUGUGAUUUAUGAGCGUAAUAAAGUGGUGUUGCUGCUUCUGAAUGUGUGAGCUGCCAAGGGCCACACUGUCUGCUACAAUCACUCUGUUUUUACUUUAGAAAACUUUUAUUUUUUUUUAAAUUUCUUUUAACUUUGACAAUAGCUGUGAACGUGGCUGUGAACGUGCAGCUACUAUGCCCUUGUCAAAAUGGUGUCCUUGAGUUGGGACACAGUCGUAACUGCCAGUUUGGUGUGUCCCUUUUUAAAAGACAAAAACAAAAACUGACGGCUACAAUACCGUCCCCAUAGGUGUGUGUGUGUGUGUGUGUGUGUGUGAAAGCAUUUCCAGUUAUAGCAGCAAAGGGGGACCUACUCCAUAUUAAUGCCCAUGUGUUUGACGAGCAGGUGUCCACAUACUUUUGGUUGUGCCCGUGAUGUGAUUUGGUGGACACGGAGGACCUAAUACUAGUUGAAUGGCAGGCCAUAGUUACGCAGCUCCAUCCCUACCACUUGGUAGGUGGGUCUGGGUGUCCUUGGUAAGGUACUACAAUGUGAAUCCACUAGAGGGCACUGUGGAUGUGUGUAAAAUCAAGUUACAGGUUAACGCUGGUUGACGCUGAAUAAAUCAAUGAAUAUAUACUGACUACACAUAUGGGGUCUUCAUACAGUUUAGUGUGGCUUUAACAUUGGUUAGGAGUGCCACACCCUGUUUAUGACAAAAGCAUGCUGUUUAUCUGUUGCUAAUGAUGACUUUUUCAGUGUAAUGGAUCACAUCGACCUUUCAUAGGAAUUGUGUUAAACAGCGUUGAGAUGAAACAGGUACUUGUGUGUGUGUGUUCUGUCACUCUAGCUGCUGUGUCUGUCCUCUCUCUGACGUCUCCUCAUGUCUGUACUGAUGGGAGUAAAACACAAUAACCCAGUGUG